AUGGACGGCUCCGCAAUCACGUAUGCCACGUCGAAAGACUGGAUCGAUAUCAUGAAGAACCGGAGUAAAGUUCGCAUGCACGAGCUAAUCGAACGGCUCGGAUUACGCGCCAAAUGGUCUUCGAACAAGCGGGGCAAGACCAACUUUGAAUCUGCAUUAGUUAGGGAAUUGGUGCAAGAUAUGGGCGACAUCGUUGCAACGUUACCAAAGGAGUCGGACGACUUGAUGAAGCGUCUCAGCGAAGAGAAUAGCUUGAAGCCCGAGGUCGAUGCACUUGUUGAAAAGCAUGGUAGUAGGAUCUGGGGCAGGGUCGGUGACAGGGAGCACCUGAUCACAGCGAAUGAGCCUGGAGUAGAAGAGGGCGUCUAUCCAAGAGAUGUAUACUUUGAGAACGAGGAAGAUAAACAGCUCAUACAUAAGCUUCUACAUUGGUGGAUAGGGCUCAAAGCGUGCAACGUCAUCUUGGCGCGUGAGCGUUUGGACCGAGAGCGAAAGAAGAAGGAGGAGAAUCGAAAGGCAAGAGCUGAAGCCGAGCUCAACGGGCAAAACGCAAGUGGUGAGAGCAGCACGCCCGCAUCCUUUGUCGCACUUGCUCCCAACUCGGUAUUUCAAAGCGAGACAGUAUCACGUGGAAGUCCAAUCUCCUCCACCGCCAUGCUAACCCCUUCGGAACCCGGUGGAAGUCCAACCGCGGGCUCCCGCGAGGGUCUUGGGCUUAGCUCCGUCAACAGUGGCGCGCCGGGCGAGAAUGGUAACUUGAGAGCAGCGACACAAAACGAAGCGGCGCCUCACAAAGUGAUGGAAGGCGUGUGGGAUAAGCUGGUAGCAGGAGGUGGAAGCAGCCCGCAACAGGCGAACUCAGCGUGGGCUGCAGCGAAUGCUAGUGCGGCGCAGGGCGCAGACAGCAAGCUUGCCGUGCAGCAGCCAAUUGCGCAAGCCAACCAAGCCAACGUUGACAGGCAGAUAAGCGUUGAAGUGGCCAAGCUUGUCGCGAGUUUCCGCUCUGAUGACGCGGCUUUUGAAGACAUACCCCAGCAGAAUGGCAGUACACCGUAUCGGGGGUUGGACUACGACAGCGUGCGAGCGCUUCGAUCUCUCCUCUACGACGAGGAGUGCAGCGUUCCGUGGGACGAAGAGACGCUCCUCAACCGGGUGGAGAAGGGUUGGAGAGAAGGCGUGCGAGCGGACUACGACAAGAUGGUGGAAAACAUUCCGGUGUUCAUCGCAAGGGAGCGCGCCGUUCUCACGUGGAUCGAGCUUAGACGACACCUUGCAGCGCUCGACCGUGCAGACCGACGCUGGAACUCGGAGGGCCAAAGCGCGCCUGAAAUCGAGAGGCGCAUCCAGCAGCAUAGAACGCUCAUGGGCGCGACACAAACCAUCAUGGCGAACUUUGAGGACAUUGGACAGGGCUUCGGCCUUGGCUACGGACUGAUGGUGGACAGAGAUGAACUGCUUCGCCAAGCCUUUGUGGUUCUGGCGGGCGACAAGUUGGCGGCGGAGCUGGCGUGGAAGCCGAUCGAGUUCACGAGGGUGGUGAGCUGGCUCGGAGAGAGCGUGGAGCCCUUCCGCAAGACUGAAGAGGAAGAGGGAAAGGGUACGCUGUGGUAUGUCGGGUAG